AUGAUAGACGUUGAAGCUGGCGAAUUAUUACUACACGAAACGCCGGCAUUGCCUCGACUUCAGCGAGCGGCCACCGAAGAUCAAGUGUUAUUGAAAACGGUCACCCCAGCUGCCAACAAUGGUUGGUAUGCGGAAUACGUGGGUGUACCGUUGACCUAUCUGAUCGGCGUACCGGCCGGUUGGCUGUUGCUCGGCGCUUUCCAGUAUUUCGUUUGCGUCAUCACCUUAGGCGAUACCCUCUUGGAUCCGUGGUACUUUACUUGUGCAUGGCUUGUCGAAAUUGUUUGCACUCUCCACGCUGUCAUCAUAUUUAUGAUCAUCAAGUGUAUGUACGUACGCGUGGGUAUUCUGGAUUACUGUGAAAAAAUAACGUGGAUCGGGUUCACGUAUUUGUUGGCGCAAGGGUUGGCCAUCAUUUUGCUUCUGCUUCCCGCCAGUCACAUAUUUAAAAAAACCUUUGGCGACUUCUCCGAACCGUCAAAUUUUUUCAUUUACUGGACAAUGGUGGCUUUUCCACACAUAAUGUCACUAUGUUUUGCAUCGUUUGGCUGUUGCUCAAAGAUGUUUGGAUCGAUUUCACGUUGCUUGCGAUAUGUUAGUCACAAAAAUAAACAUCAACGUGCUAUGAUCCCUGUGCAUUUUGACGUGACCAAACAACAAGUGUCGUCUUCGACAGAUCGCGAUGGAAAUAACAUAGAACUUCAAGAGCUCAACUUCCAUCCGAGUUUCAACCUAAGUGAAAAAAACCUACGGUUUACAUUUUGA